AUGGACGGCACGCUGUGCCAUGAAGGUGUCCAACGUGACGUGCGCCGGAAAGCAGGUGGCGGAGAGCAGGUUGGGCCCAAACGGACAUUUUGCCAAACAGAUGUGAAGCAAAAGGAUCACUAUGUUUGGAAGGACAAGGAUGUCUUCGUUGGCAUUGUUGCUGAUGCUGGCGAAUGGACAGUAGAUCUAGAUGCCGUGCGCAUCGGCUUUGACGAGGCUUGUGAGAAGGGCACAGCUGAGAUUUUCUCAGCUCCCUUGUACGUGGUCAAGGCUUACGUGAAAGAGCUCACCUCCUACGGCCUUGCUGCGAGGGCAAAGGAGGCUACAAAGGUGGUGGAGGGCGUUGGCUACGCACGCCGUGAUUUCAAGGAGCUCUCCCCUGAACUGAAAGAAUCCGCUCGUGAGGAUGGCGCCCUGGAGGCAGAAGCUUCGGGCAAGCCCAUGCAGAUUGUUUUGGAGAAGAGUGAUCAUCCUACUUUGACGGGUGACAAGAAAGCAAUGCAAAAGUUUAAGGCUUACAUCGAACUCGCCACGGAUGCAGCACAGCGAUGGCUCCCGCCAGAGGGGGAGCUGAACCAGUGCCGCCAUCCCGAGCUGCGUCAAGUAUGGCCUCCAUGAGUGGAUUGGAGAUACAGUAUAUAUGGGGUGUGUAUUUUGAUAGGGAGUGCUUUUAUGCUAAUAUACUUGAAGAUUGAAACGAUCGUGGGAUAGAUUUUUAGAUGUGACCUUUGUGUUGGGACCUUGGAACAUAUCUCAAGCAGUCGAGCACUUGUAACACAUACUUAAAGAAUUAGGUUGGUUUAUUUCAUAGGACAGAUUUCCAAGCACCUUUUACUUCAGGUUCAAGCAACAAUCUAAA